AUGGCAAAAAUUCGUACAACAAUUUUGCUGGUUGGUGUGGUAGCACUUUGUGCAGUGUCAAUUGCUUCCCCCUUGGGAAAGGCGGCUGACUCCUCAUCGGAGGAGUCGGGUGAGACUGGCGAGUUUAUGAAGGAGUUGGCGGAAUUAUGUCAGAACAAUAGUGGUUCCGAUGCAGCGUUCCUUAAUUUGAUGGAAUCCUUCCAAAACACGAUGGUGUGCACUGUGUCCGCUAUUGAUUUGGAUAGUUUUAUUGCGGACGCAGAUAACCUUUCGAAUGAAACUCGUACAACGUUCUUCCCACGCUACUGCCCGCAGCUACGUGCGGCGUAUUCGUGCAUCGAUAAGUUUGUCACCGAUUUCCGUCCGUGUCUUGAAGCCGAUGACUAUGUUAUCGUGAAGGCUCUUGCCGGUAUACUGCCCGAUGCAGUGGAGCUAAUGUGCAGGAAUGAUGGCGAAAUUUUGUUCAAAUUUGAUGAGCCCAAGUAUUCUGAAUGUUUUGAUAAGGUUUCUGACAACUUUGACGAGUGUCUCAACUUCCUUAAUGGAACCGACGCGGACGACUGGGAUAUCUCCCACUUGACGCGCGAACAGUGCAGUGAACUCUCCGGAUUCCGGGAGUGCGUGAAGAGUAAGAUGGACAUUUGCAAGGCGCCGGAUCUAAUCAACGUAUACGAUCUGUUCCACAACUCGCUGUUCCGCAUGACGCCGUGCCGUAAUUACGUAGAAAUUGAAAAGGUCGUUCAAGUCAUUGAUAACAACGAGCUCAACGCGGUCUAGUGCUCGACAGGGAUCAUGAACUGUCUCAUACAGUGGUCUAGUGUUAGGUGAGCCUUUCUAC